GUUGGCCAUGUCCCAGUCCCAGUCCCAGUCCCAGUCCCAGUCUCAGUCCCAGCCCCAGUCUGAUCCCACGGCGUCGAAGGAAUGGGUGCUCGAGCCCGAGACUGAGUACAGGUUCGAACUGGACCCCGGCACGUCCGUCGCGAUCAAGCUCGCGGAUGGCCAGGCGGAGGUCUUCGGCGCCGAGCUCGUCGAGGGCAAGACGUACCUCUUCGGCCACGAGUGCAAGGCCGCCGUCUUCUCGUGGCAAGGCUGCACCCUCCAGGUCGUAGGCCACCCCUCCACAGAAUAUGUAUCCGAGGAGACGCCCAUGCACGCCUACGCCAACGUCCACCUCGCCCUCGAGUCCAUGCGCGUCCGCGCCCUCCGCGCCCUCCACGGCUCCCCCGUCCUAUCCCCCGCACCCGCACCCGGCCGCAGCAGCAGCGGUGACACGGAGCGCGCCGACCCGCCGCGCGUGCUCGUCCUCGGGCCCGAAAACUCGGGCAAGACGAGCGUGUGCAAGAUCCUCGCCAACUACGCCGUGCGCGCCGGCCAGGGCUGGGCCCCGAUCUACGUCAACGUCGACCCCGCAGAGGGCGGCUGGGCCGUCCCCGGCGCGAUCUCCGCCGCCUCCGUCCCCGGGCCCAUCCCCACCGCGACCCCCGCGAGCCCCCUCGGCUCCGCCGCGACCAGCGCGCCGACCGUGCUCGCCUCCAACGCCCUCGUCCCCCUCGCCUACUGGUACGGCCACCCCGAGAUCCGCCGCAACCCCCUCCUCGUCGACCGCCUCGUCCGCAACCUCGGCGAGAACGUCAACGACAGGCUCGAGGCCGACCCCCAGGGGAGAGCGGCGGGCGUCAUCGUCGACACCCCGUCCUCGUUCGCCUCUUCUUCUGGCUCCGCGAGCGCCGACCACCGGUCGAUGCUCAUCAAAGCCUGCGUCGACGCCUUUCGAAUAAACACCAUCCUCGUCGUCGGGCACGAAAAACUCAACGUCGAGAUGCAGCGCGCGUACGGCGACCGCAUGACCGUCGUCAAAAUCCCAAAAUCCGGCGGCGUCGUCGAGCUCGACGCGUCCUACCGCCAGCGCGUACACACCUACCAGAUGCACCACUACAUGUACGGGCCCCCGCUCGUGCCCCCGCCCGGCGUCCCGUACGGCACCGCCUCCGCGGGCGGCGAGACCGCGCUCGACAUGCACCUCGCCCCGAGCAGCUCCGUGAUCGGCUUCGACGAGCUCACGAUCUACCGCAUCGGCGAAGAAUCGAUGGCGCCCUCUUCGGCGCUGCCCAUCGGCGCGACGCGCACCGUGUCCGAGAUGCAGCCCGUUAAGAUCGACCCGGCGUCGCACGCCUCGGGCCUGCUCAACGCGGUGCUCGCCCUCCUCGCGCCGCCGUACCACGACGACGAGGCGGAGCGCUAUGACGAGGAGGUGCUCGACCUGCACGUCGUCGGGUUCCUCGCCGUGACGAGCGUGGACGUGCCAAAUCGGCGGAUGACGGUUCUCUCGCCGAGCCCAGGGUCGUUCGCGGGCCGCACGGCGGUCAUCGGCUCGUUCGAGUGGUCCGAGCAGUGAGCCGCGAACCACAAACAAAAUACAGACGUACAAAAUACAGUUGGUAUAAAAUAUCGAAUAAGUUUACGCUUGUCCCAUACUCUACUCUUCAUAAUCUACACCCGCGCCGACGCCUGUUCUUUGCCGAUGGCCCGAAGCAGAUC